AUGCCAUGCCCGCCGCUGUCCUUCCUGCUCAUCGUUCUUAUCUGCCCCCUUCCUGUGUUGCCUGCUCGCCCGCUCCUCUUACUGCACGCCCGUGCCCGCCUCGUCAUGUCUUCAUUGCAGCAAAAGGAUCUUGCCUUUCUGUCCAGAUUCGCACUGCGCCAGUCUGCUAUCGGGCUCGUCACUGACUGUGAAAGCUGUGGUGGCUCUGUCCCCAUCACUAUCUGCCGCAGUGACAAGAACGGCAAUGAAGGCAAGCCCAUGGCUAUGCCAACAGCAUCUACCUCCUCGAGUGACGCCUUUUCAACCACAUUCCCUUCCACUCAACCUUCGACUUCUUCUCAUCCUCAGCAGAAUAACAAGAAGCCGAGGAAGCGGGGGGGCCGAUGUAUAGGCCCUUUUUGCCGCAGAGCCAGUGCACUGCGGUGUCCGCAAGGGAUGUGCCUCAGCCAUUGCACGGACAGUGGAGGAUGUCCGAUUCAUGGCAUGGAGGCACAUAAUCAGCGCGUGGACGUACAACCAGUGGACGACAAUAGUGUGUUUUACCUCGAGGAUGCUGAGACUCGCGAACCUGUCUUUGACACCGACGACACGGAAACGGGUUAUGGAUAUCGUGAUCUUCAACAGGCACUCGAAGCAUCAAUGACUGCCACUGGUGGACAUCCAGCUCCCUUUGCAUCGUUUCAUGACCUCCUCACAGCUCCGAACCCAUCUCAGCUACCUGCACCAUCUCCCACGCAAACACCAUCACGCAUAUGUACACCACCACCAUCAUUUUUCCCACCUCAACAGAGGGAUGACACUGUGUUGACUACGCGAGCGUUCCCGGUACAUAAGCUUUCCAAGGCCCCUCGGGUGACAGAUCAACUUGACCCUUUAUGGGCUGGUGAUCUUAACGCGCGCGCGCAGGAGGAAAUCUCAAGCAAGAUGGUCUCUGAACGUCGCAAGGAGAUGGAACGUGCGGCAAAACAGCGGUUUGUGCUGUACUGGUUUGAUGCGGACGAUGCACCAGUAAUCAUGCAGUGGGUUACGCACUGCCCCUUCUUUCCUCAAUACCAGCUCUCGGAUGAUCCUACCCUUCUUCAAUCCCUUGGCGACGAUAUCCAGAAGAUCGACGUCUUUGAGGCGAGCUUUAUGCGGUGGAUCCCAUCAGUGCUUACGCACACGUUCACGCUCGACUCAGGAUGCCACGUAUUCAUCCGACGUCACAGUGUCACCGAGUGCGCUGAUUUCGAUGGGCUCUUCAAGUCCUCGAAGCUUUUGAAUCGCCCCUCCCAUGCACGGUUCAACAUCAAAGGUGAGCGAGAUGGUGUACGCUGGAAGAAGAAGCAGCCGCAGACAGCAUCGUCUGAUGUCGAGAUUGUGGACGACGUGCAGCUCACGCCAAAGCGCUCGUUGGGCAAGCGCCGCUGGAAUCCCAGCCCCGGGCAGGAGACACCCACCCCAACACGAGCACGUUUCGACCUGCAGGAAGAUGAUUUCAACUAUCGUCGUGCUACUUCGCUGUCGCUGACACCCCCUUAUCUUCCAACUCAAUCACAGUCCUAUGCAGACCUCGAGGGAGAUGAUUUUGACUCUCGUCGUGCUACUUCAUUAUCACCAACACCCCCGCUCAUCACCACCACACCCCCGCUCAUCACCACCAAGCCCACAUCGCAACCGGCUCACCAGGCAGAUGAUUUUGACUCUCGUCGUGCUGCUUCGUUGUCGCCAACACCCCCGCUCGUCACCACCAAGCCCACAUCGCAACCAGCUCACCCUUCGAAGAUCCAGCAGCCCGCUCCACCAUCCAUCAUUCCUGUGCAUGUUCCGGUAUACAAUCCUGCCAAGCGGCAAGGCUGGCCGCACGCCAUGUACACACUUGAUAUGACUGUAGGCUUUCAACAGAUGGACAAUGUGAACCUCCGUGUUCACUAUAGUCAGGAACAACUUUUCAGUCUUGUCUUUGGUGGUGCCCCAUUCGUUCGUGCAACAUAUCACCAGAACCGGAAGGCUUGGCGCGAGACGGAGAUGACCAUCCUCGAGAUGCACAAGCGAGCGGGACGGACACCGGAUGGCCUGUGGUGAGGUGAGCAAGAAACAUAGUGGGCGGAAGUAGUUACUCAGUCACCUGUCCUCACUCCCUCUGUC